AUGUCACCAGCAACAAGCUUUGCCGACUCCUCAGCUCUCGAAUCCUCACCUCUUUUACCCUCCCGCUCAAAUUCCACCAACCACUCCUCCUCGCCACCCAAACCCUCCCGCCAAAUAGAAGACGACACCAUCCCAGAAACCAGCACUCUAGGCCGAAACCUCUCCUGGUCCAGCGCCUACAUCCUCGUCAUAUCCCGAGUGAUCGGUUCAGGAAUCUUCGCAACGCCCGGACCGAUCCUCAAAACCACCGGUAGCAUUGGUCUUGCACUUCUCCUUUGGAUAGCCGGUUCCCUACUAGCUUGGCUCGGACUCCAAAUCUCCCUAGAAUAUGGAUGUAUGCUCCCCCGAUCCGGAGGCGAAAAAGUUUACCUCGAAUUUACGUAUCCGCGACCACGAUUUUUGGCUAGUACGUUGGUAGCUGUCCAUGCUGUUUUGCUAGGUUUUACUGCGAGUAAUUGUAUCGUUUUUGGCGAAUACAUACUCUUUGCCUUUGGAAUUGAAGGUACAGAAUUAGGACAAAAAGCCAUUGCGUUGGGUCUCCUCACUUGGAUCACCAUCGUGCAUGGAUGUUUUCUCAAAACAGGAAUAUGGAUUCAGAAUUUCCUAGGAUGGAUUAAAGUAGGCUUAAUUUUGUUUAUGGCAUGUACAGGAAUAUUCGUCGUGGUAUUCGGUGUGAGGCUUCCGGAAACACAAGCUCCUUUCUCUACAUUAUCAAGAGAGGGAUUUUCAUGGGACGGACUUUGGGAGGGUUCGAAUUGGCAUUGGGGUACUUUGACCACGGCUGUUUUUAAGGUGUCGUAUUCUUAUGCUGGUUUGUCAAAUCUCAAUAAUGUUCUUAAUGAAGUUAAGGAUCCUGUGAGAACGCUGAAAACUGUUGCGCCGGCUGCCUUACUGACGGCUUGUUCAUUAUAUUUACUAGCGAAUUUCGCCUAUUUAUCAGUGGUUCCGCUGGAAGAAGUAAAGGAAAGUGGACAGCUUAUCGCCGCUUUAUUCUUUGAGAGAGUUUUUGGAGAUAUUGGAGGACGUAUCUUAUUACCACUUGCUGUAGCGGUUAGUGCUGCGGGAAAUGUAAUGGUGGUUACAUUUACACUUGCUCGCGUAAAUCAAGAAAUCGCCCGUCAAGGUUUCCUCCCCUAUUCCAAAUAUCUCUCCUCCUCCGCUCCCUUCGGUGCACCCCUCGGCGGCCUAAUAGUCCACUACAUCCCCUCCUUCCUCGUAAUAGCCAUCCCUCCCCGCGGCGACGUCUACAACUUCAUCCUCGACGUCGAAGGAUAUCCCGGCCAAUUCGUCGCUCUAGCUAUUUCCCUAGGCCUAAUCUAUCUCCGCUAUAAUCGACCCGAUCUCAAAAGACCCUUCAAAGCCUGGUUACCAGCUGUUUGGAUCAGGAUAGCCAUUUGUCUGGCUUUGAUAGCGGGACCAUUUUUUCCGCCGGAAAAGGGAAAUGCGGAUGUGGGAUUUUGGUAUGCUACGUAUGCGGUUGUGGGAGUUGGGAUUAUACUUUUUGGGGUGGGGUGGUGGGCGGUGGUUUUUAGGGUGUUGCCUAGUGUGGUGGGAUAUAGGGUUGAGGAGGAAGUGGAAGUUUUGGGGGAUGGAACUAGUGUUACGAGAUUGGUCAGGGUUAAGAAUGAAGAGUGA